AUGGCACCUCAUCGGGCUAAGACAAGUGAAGUGUGGAAUCAUUUCACUGAAAUUGAACACGAGAAGGCUCAGUGUGGAUAUUGCUCAGCUAAAAUUAGUACUACACGUGGAUCAUUGAGUAAUUUAAGACGGCACAUGAAGGCAAAGCAUGUCUUGAUUCCAUUAAAUACAAAUACAAGAAAUGCAGCAGCAGAAAUUAUUGAUGACCCAAUUAUGGCCGGAUGUGAAUUGACUCAAGGUCCAUCUACAUCACAGUCAACUCAAGGUCCAUCUACAUCACAGUCAGCUCAAGGUCCAUCUACAUCUGAGACUGUUCCUCAAACUACUGCUGGACCGUCAGGAACAUCACGGCAUCGUACAAAUGGACAGACCACACUGUCAGGUUAUUUCAAUCAAACAAAACCACUAAAUGUCAAUCAUCAAAAAAGAAUAGAUCAUCAAUUGGUUAAAAUGAUUGUUAAGGGAUAUUAUCCAUUUGACAUUGUUGAAGACCAAGAAUUUCAAUGUCUUUUGAAGAUGUUGAAUGGUGGUUAUAAAUUGCCUUCGAGGAAAACAGUCUCCAACAGCAUGAUACCUCUUCUUUACCACCAGACUCAUGAGAAAAUACAAGUUCUCAUGACCAAUUGUUUCGCAGUGUGUUUGACAACAGAUGGAUGGACAUCAAUCAAAAAUGAGAGCUAUAUUGGAGUUACUGCUCACUUCAUUGAUGAAAAGGCAUCACUUCAAUCUGUGUGUCUUGGCUGUAAGAAAUUUGAAGAAAGGCACACCUCCGAAAACUUGGCUUUGUUUUUAAAAAAUACCGUUCGAGAGUGGAAUAUUGAAAACAAAGUGGCUGCAGUUGUAAGUGAUAAUGCUCCCAAUAUUGUAGGAGCCAUUAGAGACUGCAAAUUUCGGCAUGUACCUUGUUUUGCCCAUUGUAUAAAUUUAGUUGUCCAGAAUGGUCUCAAAAAUAUCAGCCAUGUACAAAAGAAAGUGAAAUCCAUCGUGGAGCAUUUUAAACGGAGUUCACAUGCCCAGUCCAAACUCCAGGAAAUGCAACAACAAAUGGGCUUACCACCAUUGAAGUUGAAGCAAGAUGUGGUUACAAGAUGGAACAGCACACAUGACAUGUUUAAACGGAUAAUGGAAAUCAAAGAUGCUGUUGUUUCCACUUUGGCUAUUCUUCAAUGUGAUGUGGAACAAUUGACGGUGGUAGAGUGGCAAAUUGUAGAAUGGUCAACUAAUAUUCUACAAAUAUUUGCAGAAGUGACAAGAGAAAUAAGCAGCGAACGAUAUGUAAGUAUGUCCAAAGUACUAAUUUUUAUACGAGCAAUGAAUGACACUAUGAAGAGCUUUCAAAACAACACAGCCUUACCAAAUGAAGCUCAAGAUAUGGUCACGACAUUAUUGGAAAAAUUAAAUUUAAGAUUUUCAAGCUACGAAGAUAAUGAGAUUGUGACACAGGCAGCUCUUCUUGAUCCAAGGUUUAAAAAGAUGGCAUUUAAUGGAUUUAACCAACGGAAAUUGGAGGUAGCAAUUGAUCAGUUGAAGAGGAAAGUCUGUCAAGUGACUUUGCCUGGUACAGCUAACGCAACUACAUCAACCAUAGUUGAAAAUCCAUCUACUUCUUCUUCUUCUACUCCUUCUACAUCAUUGCUCUGGAAAAUAUUUGAUGAACAGUAUGAACUAUGUCAAACUUCAAUUAAUCCAACAGCAGCUGGAAUUAUCGAAUUGGACAGGUACUUACAGGAGCCACUUAUAAACAGAUUUGAAGAUCCCUUGACAUGGUGGACUGUACACAAAGAAUUAUACCCACGUCUGUUUAUAAUGGUAAGAAAACGGCUAUGUGUAACAGUUCCAUGCGAAAGAUUGUUCAGUAAAGCAGGUAUGGUCAUAACUGAAAAAAGAUCACGGAUGCUAGUCACUAAGUCCUCACAAGUGUUAUUUUUAAAUCAAAAUCUUUAA